AGAACCGGAGAAGGGGAAAUCAAAUUUGGUUGCAGAGACAAGGGAAGAUCACAAGUAUUGGUGAUAUCAAAGUUGCAGGAACGAAGUGAAUGGUAACGCUAAAAUGAAUCAACUCAAUCCUCACAGCACGCCGACCAGUAACGCAGAUCCAAUUGAACCUCGGCCGAACUCCAUUGAUAAUUUUCCUCAAGCUCACCCUGUCCAGCCUCAACCCCAGACCCGGCGACCACGUGGGUUCGCAGCCACGGCGGCUGCUGCGGCCUCCAUGGCGCCGACCACCAGCACCACUCCCACCAUCACCACCACUAGCAACAACAAUAGUAGUGGCAAUAGCAGCACCAGCAGCAAGGGUAAGAGAGAGAGGGAAAAAGAGAAGGAGAGGACUAAGCUCAGAGAGCGACACCGGCGUGCAAUCACCAGUAGGAUGCUUGCUGGAUUAAGGCAGUAUGGAAAUUUUCCACUCCCGGCUCGUGCUGACAUGAAUGAUGUGCUUGCUGCCUUGGCUCGUGAGGCUGGCUGGACUGUUGAGCCUGAUGGCACUACCUACAGACAGUCACCUCCUCCUCAUCAAAUGGCUUCAUUUCCUGUGAGGUCAGUUGAGAGCCCACUUCCUUCUGCGUCUUUCAAGAACUCAUCUGUGAAACCAGCAUUAGACGGUCAGCAGUCAAUUCUUAGAAUCAACGAGAGCCUCUCACCGGCAUCACUUGAUUCUGUUGUCAUCACUGAGAGAGAUACAAGGAGUGAGAGAUAUACAAGUGCCAGUCCUAUCAAUUCUGUUGAAUGCUUGCAGGCUGACCAGCUUAUAACUGAUGUUCGUUCUGGGGAGCAUGGGACUAAUUUUACUGGAACUCCAUACGUCCCUGUUUAUGUAAUGCUUCCGGCUGGCGUCAUCAACAAUUUCUGCCAGUUGGUGGAUCCUGAAGGUGUUAGACAGGAGCUAAGUUACUUGAAGUCUUUGAAUGUAGAUGGAGUCAGUGUAGCUUGUUGGUGGGGAAUUGUUGAACGCUGGAACCCUCAGAAGUUUGUUUGGUAUGGCUAUAGGGAGCUGUUCAACAUCAUCCAAGAGUUCAAGCUCAAGUUACAAGUUGGACUUGGAGCAUCUGGAGAGCUGAAAUAUCCAUCUUUCCCGGAAAGAAUGGGUUGGAGGUAUCCUGGUAUCGGUGAGUUUCAGUGUUAUGAUAAGUAUUUACAGCAAAAUCUACAGAAAGCAGCUAAAUUGCGGGGACACUCAUUUUGGGCCAGGGGACCUGACAAUUCUGGUCAAUACAAUUCACUGCCCCAUGAAACUGGUUUUUUCUGUGAAAGAGGUGAUUAUGAUAGUUACUAUGGCCGCUUUUUCCUCCACUGGUAUUCCCAGUCACUAAUAGAGCAUGCUGACAAUGUUUUGUCACUCGCAAGUCUUGCAUUUGAGGAGACAAGGAUUAUUGUCAAGGUUCCUGCAGUUUAUUGGUGGUAUAAAACUACAAGUCAUGCAGCAGAGCUCACAGCAGGAUAUUAUAAUCCUACCAACCAGGAAGGAUAUGCUCCAGUUUUUGAGGUUUUGAAGAAAUACUCGGUUAUAAUGAAGUUCGUGUGUCCUGGGUUGCAGAUGAGUACUGAAAAUUAUGAGCAAUUAGCAGAUCCAGAAGGUUUGAGUUGGCAGGUUCUUAAUUCAGCCUGGGAUCGUGGAUUGACCGUAGCUGGGGAAAAUGCACUUUCAUGUUAUGAUAGGGAAGGGUGCAUGAGAAUAGUUGAGAUGGCCAAGCCAAGAAAUGAUCCUGAUCGACGCCACUUCUCCUUCUUCACAUAUCAACAGCCAACUCCUUUGGUUCAAGGGACAAUCUGUUUUUCAGAUCUAGAUCACUUCACAAAAUGCAUGCAUGGAGAUAUAGUAAGUGAUUUGGUAUCGUGAUAGAAUGCCUUGAGAACUUGGGUACCCGUGUAUAACACACUCUUAAAUUGCAAGCCAAUUUACUGACAAGAAAGAUAUAGGUUUUAUUGUAUGUGGUAGAUCUAAAGUAAUGUAUAUUAAAAUGAUACAUCUUCUGAAGCAGAGGGCUCUUGCCUUGGGGCCAGAUAGGAGUUGUAGAAGUAGUUCCAAA